GUCGAGCGGAGGUUCUUUACUGACUCUUGCCUUUCGUGGCCGCGGUCGAGUUGUUCUAUUAGACGCUGGAGUUGCGCUGGACGGGAAAGCGAAUGAAACCUUGACAUGGACUAGGUACUUUAAGCGGGUGCUGUGCUUCCGGACGCGCCAAGAUUCCCUUUCCCGACCAGGAGGAUUCUCGGCGCAGACCUACGCAUACAAGAAUUCGAUGGGCCGAAUUAUGGGACACCUGUGGCCGCAUUUACUCACGAGUUCGAGAUCUUUCUAUUCUUCGAGGGAUCAUGGCUCCGUCUCUACUGGUCGCAAGCAACGUCAACUGAAUUUCUCAAGAAAACUCAUUUGGACUCAAGAGCUUUUACUACGCCUCGUUCAUAUAAGGAGCUUGCAGAUGCUACCCAAUACUUGAAUAAAUAUCCAUCGCCGUCAGAAAGCAACAAAGUCCAGUGAGAAAUUGCACACGAAUUCACUUUAGUUUUUGCUUACGAGAGAGGUCCGUCAUUUGCAUGGUGUUCACAUACAUUCUUUCGUCCAUAAGCGGAUGUCGAGGCCCAUGUUUUGAUUGGACAAGUUCGCAGGUAAAGAUUUCUGCUUCUGUAAAGGUGAUCUCUUCACAUGGAGUAUCUGCGCAGAAUUGCAUCGAACUGUGGCCACACCGUUCGUCAGACCGUAGGUUACAUUACCGGAGUCCAGAUCAACAUUAUUUUCAAGUGUUGAUGAGCGAGAUGUCGCUGCUCAGAAGAGACUUGUAGUUCAUCUUGGGGGUCAGCAAGAACGCGAGAAGCCAUGAUCGACUCUGUAUAAAUGAAUCAAGGUAUAAAUGGAUCUGUCAAUCGAUG